CCUGGCGUGGUGGAAGAGGCGUCGUUUUGGGGGCGGCUCUUCGUUCGCUAUUCCCGCGAGAGUAGGGAUGGCUGAUCCGCGCCCCGAGCGGAGCUGAGGCGGACGGAGAAGGGAGGCUCAGGCCCGCCACACCGAGGAUGAAGGAGGAUAAGGAAAACGCCAGGCCGAAGGAGAAGCGAGGCGGGCCUCUCACCCCGACCGGGUUCGGAGCGGCCAUGGGCGGAGCGGACGCCAAAGCGGGUGGCGAGCCUGACAAGCUCGAACGGCCCAAGGACAAGAAAGAGACGCUCCUCAAGGUAGUGAUUCGACGCCUGCCUCCCAGUCUGACCAAGGAACAGCUUGAAGAACAUCUCCAGCCUCUGCCUGAGCAUGAUUAUUUUGAAUUCUUUGCUAAUGAUUCAAGUUUGUAUCCACACAUGUUUUCCAGAGCAUACAUCAACUUUAGAAACCAAGAAGACAUAGUUCUAUUCAGGGAUCGCUUUGAUGGUUAUGUUUUUGUUGAUCACAAAGGUCUCGAGUAUCCUGCCAUCGUGGAAUUUGCACCAUUUCAGAAAGCUGCCAAAAAGAAGAGUAAGAAAAAGGAUGCCAAAGCUGGGACCAUUGAAGAUGAUCCAGAGUAUAAGAAAUUCCUGGAGAGCUACAGCGCUGACGAUGAAAAGCUAGCGUCUACCCCUGAGACUCUGCUGGAAGAAAUAGAGGCAAGAAACAAAGAACUGAUAGCAAAAAAGACCACUCCUCUGUUGAACUUCUUGAAAAACAAGCAGAGGCUGAGAGAAGAAAAACGAGAGGAGAGGCGGAGGCGGGAAUUAGAGAGAAAAAGACAAAGGGAAGAAGAGAGGAGGAAAUGGAAAGAGGAAGAAAGGAGGAAAAGGAAAGAAGCUGAAAAAACAAAGAAGGUGGAGAGAUUUCCAGAGAAAGAAAGGGACAGAUCCAAGGAUGAACCAAAGAUUAAGCUACUUAAGAAGCCAGAAAAAGAUGAAAGAGAUUUUGAAAAAAAGGAAAAGGCCAAGAAACUGGAGAAGGAGAGUCUGAGGGAGGAAAAGGCUACCAGCGCAAUCAGCAGUGCGACAGCCAAGCGCUCCGAUGGGGAGGUUAAAGAGGAGAAGGCCAAAAAGUUAGUGUUCUCUUUUCAAUUGGAAGAUGAAUGCUGCAAAGACUAUAGGGAAAGAGAGCGAGAGUAUGACCGGGACCGAGAGUAUGAGAGAAUCCAGCGUGACAGGGACAAGGUCAGGCGCCAAGAAGAUGAUCGACGGAGGCAGAAAGAACGCUUUGAGAAAGAGAAGCUGUUCAGAAGAAAGGAGGAAGAUGUGAAAAAGGAAAGAGACUCUGUGCGAGAGAAAGGAAAGCGAUCUGAACUUGCUGACUAUCUGGGCAAUAUGGAGAAACCUGAGAAAGUAACCAAAGAGGAUAAAAGAGAAGAUAUGGCUAAGAGGGAUCGCAUUAGAAACAAGGAUCGCCCAGCCAUGCAGCUCUACCAGCCAGGGGCUCGAAACCGGAGUCGGUUAUGUGCCUACAAUGAAAGCCCUUCAAAGCCAUCUGAUCAGGGAGCAGAUAAAAAGCUGGAAUGUGAGAUGAGUAAUGCAAAAGAGGAAGACUGAUGAGCCGUGGAUUUUUGGACCGACUUGAGAGCCAAAGAGCAUGAACUGUGAAGUCCAGAAGUGCCUUGAAGGAGGAAGAGGGGGAAAAGGGGGCCGUACUUUUGGAUGUCUCCGGUUUCAACGCCUCAAUGCAGAGUCAAGACUCAAAUUGUAUUUUCUCAGUUCGUUGUUGGGGUAGGAAGAGGAGAUGGUGAUUGUGGCAGCGAACAAGGGGGCAGAAAGCUGUCCAUUUCUCAGAAAUAAGGCUUAAUUACCCCCCUCAAUAAGUCAUGUGACUAAUAGUAUCUCAGCGCCACGCUCUUUGAAAUAGUAGCCAUGUUACCAGUAUUUGCACUUAAAUACAGCCAUCUUGGACCCUCAGGAUUGCUCAUGUGUUAAUGCCUUUAUCAUUGCGCUGUGUGGAAUUUGUAACUAAACAUGCAGGGGGUUCUAUCGUUGAGAGAGGUUUUUAUACGUGGAGCUGCUUGCAGCCGGUUGCAAAAUGGAUCUUUAGAACAAGAGGCAGCUAAGCUUUGCUUUUUUCUGCUUGUGACACCUAUAAAAUCUUCACUGAAAUGAGAGUAAUUUUUUAAUUCAUAUCUUGUAAUAUCCAGAUAUGAUGCAACUUCAUUUAGCUGUGUAGCUUCUUUCCAGCUUUUCCUAGAGCUGUAGGGAAAACAUUCCAUUUCAGUUCUGCAUUGUCUUUCCUGGGGCAUUAGAGUGUCUUGCAACUUUUACAAAGAGUUGCUGCUCCUCCUCUAUGCUAACACAACACAGCUAUUUUGUACUUAAUAAAACUCUUUGAGAGAUACCAUUUAAAA